AUGACCCUUUACAAGGCCUCUGAGAUUGAGUCACAGCUGGUCGUCGAGAUAGAUUCGAAAGCAUAUUUUGACCGAACGGGAAAAUCAGAAAUUUGCAUCUUAUUUCUAAUGUUGCACCGUCUCAAUCGCCGAACGACAACCAGGCAACUUGAGGGGCUGCAAUUCAACUCAGCUGUUGGUGCUAAUGCCGGUGCAAAUCUUGGUGCUAGUGCUGGUGCUACCUCUGUAGCUAAUGCUAGUGCUACCGCUGAUGCUAAUGCUGGUAGUUUUCCUGAUGGUACCACUGGUGUACUGCUGUUGCUAAUGCUUGUGCUACCUUCUCCUGGUGGUACCACUGCUGUUGCUAAUGGUACCACUGGUACUACUGCUGUUGUUAAUGCUGGUGCUACCGUUGGUGCUAAUGCUGGUACUCCUCUUUGUGGUACUACUGGUGCUACUGUUGUUGCUAAUGCUGGUGGUACCUCUGGUGCAACAAGGGUUGCUAAUGCCUGCGCAGAUACUGGUGCUAAUGAUGGUGCUAAUACUGUUACUAAUGCUGGCGCUAAGGCUGGUGCUUCUCCUGGUGGUACCACUGGCACUACUACUGUCGCUAAUGAUGGUGCUACCGCUGGUACUAAUGCUAGUGCUUCUCCUGCUGCUACUAUUGGUGCUAAUGCUGGUGUUAAUGCUACUUCUAUUGUCGCUGCAAAUGCUGAUACUAUUGCUGCUGCUAAUCCUGGUGCUACCUUUGAUGUUGUUAAUUAA